CAGACGACACAGCAGACGACGAAGCAGGCUGCAAUAACCAUGAACACUGGUGGUGUUUUCGUCGCGUGUGUGUGUUUUUGUGGGUUAUUUGCGACAGCACAUACAGCAACAAUCUAUCCCAUUGAUGACAGUGACGGGUUUGGACGGAAAUUUGAUGGAAUCGGCGGCAUUAGCGGUGGAGGGGCCACAUCCAAGCUGCUGGUGAACUACCCACAACCUUACAGGGAUCAAGUCUUGGACUUUCUUUUCAAGCCAAACUUUGGAGCAUCGCUGCAGAUACUGAAAGUUGAGAUCGGAGGCGAUGCUUGCAGUACGGAUGGAUCCGAGGCGUCCCACAUGCACAACAGCUGGGAGGAGAACUACCAAAGAGGAUAUGAGUGGUGGCUCAUGUUGGAGGCUAAGAAGAGAAAUCCCGACAUAAAGUUGUACGGUCUGCCUUGGGCGUAUCCUGGAUGGGUAGGGGGACCUACCCGAGACAACCCCUGGACCGACCCAGAGAGACCUGUUAACUAUGUGCUCAACUGGAUUAUGGGUGCCAAAACAGUCUAUAAUCUCACCAUAGACUAUGUUGGGAUAUGGAAUGAACGGAUGUACAGUAUCCCCUACAUCAAGCUACUACGGAGGAUCCUUGACAACACCGGCUUCAGCAACGUGAAGAUCGUCGGUGCUGACAAGAAGUGGGAGAUUGCUGAUGAUAUCCUUCAGGAUGAGGAACUCGGGGCUGCCGUCGAAAAUAUCGGGUGUCACUACCCUGGCACGUUCUCUGAUUCAUCCGCCAUGAAGACCGGCAAGAAACUGUGGGCCUCAGAAGACUACGGCACCUUCAACGACAACGUCGGGGGUGGAUGCUGGGGAAGGAUUCUCAACAUGAACUAUGUCAAUGGAAACAUGACAGCAACAAUAUCGUGGACCGCUAUUGCCAGCUUCUACAACCCCCUGCCUUGGUUCAGAGCAGGAUUAAUGACGGCAAUAGAACCUUGGUCCGGGAACUACGUCGUCCAGAGCCCAAUCUGGAUAGCUGCCCACACGACGCAGUUCACGGAGAUAGGAUGGAGCUAUCUCCGUCACGGCGCCGGAGUUGGAAAUUUCACCGGAGGAGGGAGUUACGUUGCUCUAGUCAGCCCUAAUGGCAAGAACCUCACUAUUAUCAUCGAAACCCUGAGCCACGACCAUUCCAUCUGUGUCCGGCCUCCACUGGAGCCGUACAACGUCACGAAGCAGAGAGUGACCUUCCAACUGAAGGGCAGCUUUUUUUCCAUAACAUCUCUGAGGGUGUGGUACAGUAGAUUGUUCAAUGGCGCGAUCAAUGAUACAGGCACGAUGUUCGAGAGUCAGCAGUCACUAGAGGUAGUGAAUGGGAUGGUGCAGCUGGACGUGGCAGUGGAUGAGGUUUAUACGUUGACGACCGUCAAGGGUGGAAAGAAAGGGUCGUACCCUCGCCCUCCUGCAUCCCAACCCUUCCCAAACACCUACAAUGAGGACUUUGAAGGUUACUCUGAGCACACGGAGCCCUACAACCUGGCCCAGCAGACCGGGUCAUAUGAGAUCAUUGACGUGGGUCCCCCACACAACAAGGUGGUCAGGCAGAUGGUUCUGACACAGCCGGUACACUGGUGUGAGGCAGAGGGCAAUACCAACAGGUCUAUCAGCAUCAUUGGUAACUACAAUUGGACAGAUGUAACUGUCCAGAUAGACGCAAGAGUCGGGGCCGUGAACGGCUCCAGCGGCUACUUUGUGGCUGCCAGGGUCGACAGAGGCGGCGGAAGCUCAGACCAGGCAGAGGGCAUCUUCCUGUACAUCUUACCUAACACAAGUACUUACCUACUGUCCGCGGACUUUGAACACAACCACAUCAUAAUGGCAGGUGUGCUGCCGUCUAGCAGCAGCGACUGGAACACCGUAAUGCUGACUGUACAGGCAGGAUACGCAACUGCGAAAUACAACAAUCAGACACUGUUGAAAGAAUCUAUUCCACCCAGUAUGGGAUUUGUGGCCAUUGGCACCGACUCCUGGGGAAUUGUGGACUACGACAACCUGAUGAUUAAGGCAGAACCAGUCCCACAUCAACGCCAGAAGGAUAAUACACUGUAUUUCAAGCCUCCAAAAUAAUAUAUUGAUUUUCAUUAUUAUUCAUUUAAUAUUGUUCGUAUUUAAUAUAAGUAGAACACGUUUUGCAUCUUCUGCUUUUAUACACGCGAAGGUACAAGAAAUUGGUUACCCUUUUAUUGAACAUAGAUUUCCGAUUCUUUCAUGAGGAAUACAUGCCAACUACAGUUCUGUAUAAAACUGAGCAUCUCGACCACGAUUUUGUUGAGUUGAUUCACAACGUCGUCAAUCUGAGUAAGGUCAAGCUAUCCUAUAAGCAUGAUAUAGCACAUUUGCAGUGAAAUAAAGAGAUACUGUGUUAUCUAUGUUUAUGUAUGUGAAGGGUUCAGAAUCCCUUGAGUCACGGCAGUAAUCAUUAUUUCACGCUCGUUCAUCACACGUAUAUGGCACUCGUACCUUCAUAACAUUGUCGAUAAGUGACGGUAUUCAGGUGAUUCAAGUCACACGUUGUGUUGUGUAACAUCUGUCUCUAUGGUUACUGUUUACAACCAGGACGGUUUAAGUUUAUGCUGACUCAGAUCGUCCAUAUCUGCUCGAGAACUGUUACACGAACACUGAUAACACUGAUAACAAGUUCAAAUACCAUUGUGCUGACAGGCAGCUAGACGGACUGAACGACAGACAGACACACACGUGUGCAUACAGACAGACAGACACACACACACACACUGGGAGUAAUGUGUAAUGUGAUGGUUAUAGUGUCAGUAAACAUGUUUAUGAUUUCUAAAAUAUGAUCAGUUAUUAUUUGGAAGUCCCAUCGAGAGUUAUCAUUUCAAAUACACAAUUUCUGACACAUAAACGCUUUUACUUCGAGAUAACCGGAAGUUCAAAGCAGUAAAACUCGACAUAAAAGUGUUUCACAACUGAAAUAUAUUUCGUGCCUUUUGACUGAACAAACACACACAGCAGUUCACCGAUAUAGCGACUGAUAGCAUCGUAAACAUUCAGUCUUCCUCACGAAACGUAGGUCACUAACGUGGACAGCCACCAUUAUCUACCAUAGCAUGCUUUAUCUUUAUCUAUUGUCCGCAGAAUAAAAUAUUUGAAAUGUU